AAAAAUCCAAGAGGGAAAUCUUGCAAUUCUUGAACUAUUUCCAAAUUUCAUCGAAGCUAUGGCGCCGGUCCCGGCGAGCGUUGCGAAGCAAGCGGAGCUUCUCCGGAUGGACGGCAAUACCUACUUCAAGAAGGAACGUAUCGGCGCCGCCAUCGACGCCUACACUGAGGCUAUUGCGUUGUGCCCAAAUGUGGCGGUGUACUGGACGAACCGAGCGCUUUGCUAUAGGAAGCGCGAGGAGUGGGCGAGAGUUGAGGAGGAUUGCCGAAGAGCUAUAGCAAUUGAUGGCGGUUCUGUGAAGGCCCACUAUAUGCUGGGAUUGGUAUUGUUGGAAAAACAAGAAUAUGCAAGCGGCAUUAAGGAACUGGAGAAGGCUUUAGAUCUUGGAAGGGGUGCAAACCCUCAGGGUUACAUGGUUGAAGAGAUUUGGCUGGUACUUGCUAAAGCCAAGUACAACGAAUGGAAACAAUCAUCCAGUGAAAGAUUACAGAGGCUACAGAACUUAAGAGACGCAUGUGAGAAAGCUUUGAAGCAGCAUAAUCUUCUUAGUGUUUCUGAAGCCCGAGAUAGUUCCAAUGACAAUAUAGAUGAUUGCUCCAAACAAUUUGAGUAUCUGUCAGAGGUGUUCCAUAAAGCUGCACUUGUUGACAGGCCAUCUCAGGUACCUGACUACUUAUGCUGCAAAAUCACAUUGGAUAUCUUUCGAGACCCUGUUGUCACUCCGUCUGGUAUAACAUACGAAAGAGCAGUGUUGCUUGAACAUCUGCAAAAGGUUGGCAAGUUUGAUCCAUUGACGCGGGUACCACUAGAGCAACACCAGCUGACCCCAAACCUGGGCAUCAAAGAGGCAGUCCAAGCAUUCUUAAAUGUGCAUGGUUGGGCUUACAACAUGAAUUGAAUGAUUUUACACCUCCGAACAAUCUGCGGCUUUUCUUUGAUUCUUCAUUACUUGUUCAGCCUUCUGCAAACUUGUACAGAUAGAUCGAUACCGGUUUCUUGUGUGCAGUCUGAAAAUAUGGUUUUGUGUAGGAAAGUUAUGCAUGAAGUUGAAUGGUGCACCAGCUUGAUGCAGGUUCUGUUCAUUCUUUUAUGUGAGCGCCAAUGUGUAAGAAUUAUCUAAACUGAUGCCAUUUUGUUUGUAUGUUGGCGUCCGUUGGCUAUAAAAUUGGUCUCCAGAUGUGUUGCUAAUCAAAGAUAUUAGUUUU